AUGCCUUUCCGAAAGCGCCUGAAAGACUUAAAGGCGACUCUCCGUCCACCAAAGAACUCCAGUCUGAAUGUUUCUCAAGAUACCAGUACUGCAUCGUUGGUUUCACACAAUGCUCCAGUCGCUAAUGAGAGUUCUUCGAUCAUUCCCGAUCCAGUUCCUCUAAGACUCGAAGGGCUGUGGAAGAAGGCUUACCUAGAUCUCCAAGCCAAAAGUCCAGAGCUACUUGCCCAGUAUGAAAGGAUCAUCCUGUCGAGCGCGGAAUCGGAUACCUUGAAUAAAGAAAAGCGAGAAAAUACUGACAUUGAUCCUCGACUCGAGUAUUGCGUUAAAAGGCGUCUCGAAGCGAUCGAAAAGUCACGGCUUAAGAUAUGUAUUAGAGGAAGAGAGAUCGAGGUCAGAAAACAAGUGCGUCGCGUCGUCGGGGGAAUUCUGUCUGUAAAGGACGUUAUCUCCGCUGCAGUGAGCGCAGAGCCACAUGCCUCUAUAGCAUGGGCAGGUAUUUUGUUUCUACUAGAUCCACUGGCCAAAUCAUUUCAUCAGGAUGAGGAAGUUAUGAGCGGAUUCCAGGCUGUUUCAGAUUUGAUGGUUCGAUAUGCAUUUCUGGAGAAAAGCCAGGCCAGAAUAUAUUUGAAUUCUGGCUCCAAAGUAGCCGAAUCGCCUCAGCAUCUUGCAGAGUUGGUGAGAUCCAAGACAGUCGAGCUAUACGUUCGUAUACUUGAGUACCACAUGUGUCUUGCCACUCACUUCAGUCAUUCAGGGUACAAGCGAUUCUUGAAGGACUGGGUAGAUGUUGAUAAGUGGCGCAACAUGCUCGAGUCGAUAACGAGACUUGAUGGGAAAAUUCGCCAGGAUUUGACAAUAUUCGCUGGCGAUGAUAUCCAAACGAUCUUCAAAGAAUUGGAAAAUUCACAGAAAGUGGUGAUAGACUCACUUUCCGUGUUAAAGGAAAACUUCAAGGAGGCCAAACAAAAGGAACUUCUCAACGACCUUCCAGUGGUCUCGAAAGCAAAGUUUGGAUCCUUUGACGAUGGAAACAAAUCAGAAUGCCUCGAGGGCACGCGGACGGAGAUACUUCGUGAAAUUCAGUCUUGGGCCGAGUCUCCGGAUGACUCUCAAGUGUUCUGGCUCCGAGGAAUGGCAGGAACCGGCAAAUCUACAAUCUCCCGUACCUUUGCCGCUGCAUGCCAGCAGCGUAAGUCGCUUAUACCUCAUGGAUCCUCUCUUCCGGUGCACCUAUAUCUCGGUGCCAGUUUCUUCUUCGAUAGAAGUGAGCCUGGGCGCAACACCGUUGAAAAGUUGUUUCCUUCUAUCUCCUAUGAGCUAGCAUCAUCAUUCCCAGAUUCCAGAGACAAGAUAUGCCAAGCAAUUUCGGAAAACCAAUUCAUCGGCACCCAGAACUUGCGCAACCAGUGGCACAACUUGAUUCUAGAACCACUUUUAAAACUUGAGAAGGAGCUCCUCCUACCUGUGACACUGGUAUUGCUGCUAGAUGCACUUGAUGAGGUCGUGUCUGAGGACCCUAAGGAGACUGGAAAACCGGCUCAUGAUAUUGGAGGCGUCCUGAGGCUUCUGGCCACAGCUGCCAAGCUGCGAAACAUCCGGCUGAAGAUAUUCCUCACCAGCCGGCCAGAAAUAUACUCUCACUUUCUUCAUGCUCUUUCUGAUGGAGUAAGUGUCAGAGACCUCGAACUUCGAAAGACUCCAAUGACGUCUGAGGUGGCCAACCUUCCGAAAGACGACAUAACCUUGUAUCUGGAGCACCAGAUCGAAAAAAUUGCGUCCCAAGACCCCAUCAAGUACAAUGAGUCGCAUGUAAAAGCUACCUGCUGGCUCGGGCAGGAUGCUAAAAUAGAAAUUGUUCGUACUCUCGCGGACCGAAGCGAUGGCUUGUUUAUUUACGCAGCCACCGCAUGUCGCUUCCUGGAUGGCGUAGAUGACUUGGAAGAUUUGCAAGCACGCAUGCGGGAGCUAUCUGCGGACGACUCGGGCGAAUCACCACAGGAAAUUCUGGAUCGGACGUAUAGUCAAAUUCUGAGUUACUCUGUUAUUCACAGCUCCAGGAAAACAAAGACUGAGAAGGCUGAUUUCUUUGGGCUUUUCCAACGAAUAAUCGGGGCUGUUGUUGUCCUAGCUGAGCCCCUCUCGAUUGCAACCCUCAAAGAUCUUUUGGGUUUGUCUGGAAAGGCACCAAAAACACGAAAAUUGUUAAGUAGCCUGAGCUCUGUUGUCUCGAGUGGGGAUAGUUUUGAGUCACCUAUCCGAUUGCUACAUCUGUCUUUUCGCGACUUCCUCCUAGGCCAGCCUCAAAGGAGAUGCCCAUCGAGUCUGCUCAAAAGCUGCUUAAACUUGCUGUCGGGUACUCUGAAACAAGAUAUCUGUUCUCUUGAUGACCCAUCCUUCUUGGUCAAGGAUAUUGAUCCAUCUUUGCUGGACCAAAAAAUUCCAGUCCGCGUCAGAUACGCUUCCCAAUAUUGGUCGUAUCAUCUCCAACAAGCUGAUCUCGAGCUGUCUGAUGAUGACUGUGUACAUCAAUUCCUGAAACAGAAUUUUUUGUAUUGGCUUGAACUGAUGAGUAUUCUUCGAAUGAUACCGGCAGCUACACUCAACGUCAUCGAGCUUGAAAGUUACUUUAGUGCCCUACCGCGUAAUGGGAGAGCCGGGAUUCAAGAUAUGGUCUCCGACAUGAAGCGUUUCAUGCUUGCAUCGAGGAAUGAAAUCGAAAACUUACCCCUUCAGGUCUAUCGUUCGGCACUCAUUUUCGCCCCGGAACAAAGCAUCUGCCGGAAAGCCUAUGGGAGUUUGAUUCCAAGUACCUUCUCCAGAUUGCCUAGAGUGAUGGACAAAUGGAAGCCUCUACUUCAGGAACUCUAUAACAAAGAUUCCGGCCGUUGCCUAGCCCUAUCUUCAGAUGGAAAGACUCUCGCUGUCCUGUGUGGGCCAUGGAAGCUCUCUAGGGUUAAUGUGUGGAAUAUAACUACGGGAACAUUGCUAUAUACGAUCGAUUGCGGUGGGUGGCCAGACUUUAUUGCGUUUCUUCCUGGCAACAAGCACAUUCUUUCCUUUGGGGGAUUGCAGGGUAUCCAAGUCUGGGAUAUAAGUUCCGGAAUGUUGCAAAAAAAGAUGCUUUCCUGGGAAGGUGAUUCCUCGGAUGAUGAUAUGUGGGAAGCGCCUCACGAAGAUUCAUUGUCAUCUCUAGGGUGCCUAGCAAUGGUACACUGCAGUAGAAAGAGCAUUGGUUUGAUCUAUGCUACACAGGGAGAACUGGAGAUUGUUCAUGUACCCACCACUGUUAAUACCAUGGCAUGGACUCCAGAUGGAGCCGCCUUGGCAAUAUCUCUGACUGACGGUAGUAUAUUAUUCUGGGAUGCAAUUGAGUCCGUUUUUCUACUAUCGCUGAGCCAUACCUCAGGAAUUGGGAAGGGCCUCAAUAUGACAUUCUCGGCCACCGGUGAGUUGUUGACAGAAACACUAUUGAGUGAUUGUGUUUCAAUUAAGCUAUGGGAUUGGAGGACGAAAGCUUUGUUGCUGGAAAUAAUUGAUGAUUCGCUGGACUGGAGAGAUUGCCAGUCCCUCGGCUCAGACAUUAUCAUGCAUUUCUCCCCAAGUGAAAAGGUUGUAACAACCUGGCAUCGCUCCACAGGGCUUCAGAGAUGGGAUUAUGUGACUCUUGCAACGAUACGGGCAGAUCGCACACCAAUCACUGAUCUUUUCGACUCGGCAACAGGCGAACUUCUGAUGAGCCUGAGAGGCAUCACGGCUUAUUCACGCGUUGUAUUCAACUGGGAAAGUCGACUUCUCAUAUCCGCUGGUCUCGACAGAAUAGUUCGAAUUUGGGAUCUAUCUUCAGACUUAAGAUCGGAACAGCUUGCAGCUCCGCUAAAAUCUGACGGGAGGCUCAUCUUGUCUCAUGACCAUCAAUUUGUACUAUCGGCAUCCACAGCCAAUAUCUGCCUUUGGGAGAACAAAUCUGGCUCUCUUAGUCGGAGAGUCAAUAGGAAAGAUACAGAAGGCAUUACUGAGAUGUUUGGGCAGGUCCUAGUCAGGGGCUAUAAAGGAUCAAUCUUGACCAAUUUGAAGACGGCAACGGAGGGAAUGGACACCAAUCGGCUUUUCGACAAUAUUGUCUUAGACCUUGUCCAAGGCUAUCUAUACAAUUUUCAGACAGAAGAUAUCAGUCCAAACGGCAGGCUUCUUGCGAAAGCUUCGGUCUCAAGGGAGAGUGCUCAAUACGAAGACGAUGAUUUUUACAUCACAGUGUGGGAUAUAAUCACUGGCAACGUGGCUUGCACCGUCCCUCGCGGUUACAAACAAGAGCCUUGUUUGUCUUUCUCACCUGACGGGAGGCUCCUGGCAAUUGUCCUUUGGAAUAGCGAUUCCAAAGCAAUAGCUCUAGAAGUAUGGGAUGUGAUUGACGAAAAGUGUCGACUUCAAUGGAAUACGUGUCAGCGCGAGGAGUUAUGUGCGAUAAAGGUUCUCUGGUCAGCCGACGGGACAAAAGUGGCAAUCAACUGUCCCAUCCUCUUCUUGAAGCAGGAAAACCAUGCCAUUAUUAUCCUUUGUGAUUUAGCGAAAAGCAAAACCAUAAUUCUCGAAUAUCCGGGAGUCUGUGCUGCAUUGUCCCCAAACGGAAGGCUGGUUGCUACCAGAGCUCGUGAUGGACGAGGCCUCUCCUUAUGGGGAGUACUUGAAGACAAUCUAAAGCUGCUUGGCCAUCGCACCGAUAUAUUAUUGCGUCCUAGCAUAAGUCACUUAACAGAGACCUUGGAGUUUGAAGGCGAUGAGGUGAUUGUUACAGAUGAAAGUCGAAUUGAUGUUAGAUCAUUUCUACCAAACUGGGACUCGAGAACUAGUCGGCAGAUACAGGUGGAGAACGGCUGGAUAAUUUAUGGGUCAGAAAAAGUUCCCCUUCCCUUGCAGUACAUACCGCGUGAUGUGGUUGUAACGAAAGACAAAGUUUUGGUAAUGAGGAAUGAGUCUGGUGAGGUUACGUUUUGGGAGUUUGCAGUUAAGGAGGCAAAGGGUUGA